AUGACAAAACUAAAGCAAGGAGAAACCCACCCCCAGCUCAAAUACCCUUUUCAGGCUUUUUGCUGGUUUUGGCUUUCUCUCACAUACCACACACAGUGAUGGUGUGAGAGAGGUAUGUGGGAAAUGUUUUGUGCCAACAGAAUGAAAACACAGAAAUGCAAAUGUUAAAAAAAAAAAAAAAAUGGGAAAUGAAGGUGGAGCGAGUAUGUGUGAGAGAAUUUUGUGCUGCUAAUAUUGCAAAUAAAUCUGAAAAUGAGGUGUUGAUCAACCCACAAAACUCUCAUCCACCUUGCCUCUUCUAUUGCCAUCUAAUCCUCUACUAAAAAUGUGAUUUUUGCUUUUAUUUUUGUUAAAUUUGGUUUUCAAAUUUGCAUUUCCUUGUACAUUUUUCUCUCUCUUUAUCUAGAAUUUCACUCACUCUAUAUCUCUCCUCUCACCUAUCUCUUUCUCUGUGUGUGAACAGGCGGAUCUUGGUGUCAUUUUCAUCUAAUUCUUCGCUCAUCAAACAAUAGGGUUUCCUGGUUUUGCUUUCUAUUUCUUUUUUAGCUAAAUUUCCUUUUUCCAUCUCGAAAACAAAAAUUAAGCUUUGCUGGCUUGGCAUUUCUCAUUGUUUUGAUUCUGUCUGCCCUUCAACAGAAUUUUAGCUUGUAUCGUAGGUUCCUGUUUUGAGAGCAUAAUCUGAGGCCAGAUUUGAGUUUUCAGAGCUUCUUUAUCUCAUUUUUCAUUUCUUCCAUACGCAAGAAAUUCCCAUUUUCCAAAAAUAAAAAUAAAAAUAAAUCUGGGCUCUUGGAUAAUGUAUAUCUAAGCUUUUCAGGGACUGAUUCGAUUUCAGCUGAGGUUGAUUCGUCAUAAAUAAAGGAGAAGAGUAUGACAAGCGAAAGUGAUGAGAAGUUGAUGGUGACUAACAGCAUGGAUUCCCCAUCCAUCGACGAAGCCAACAGCGGAGGGGCAAAUGCGGAAAAUCACAGCUCACUUAAAAAGGGCCCAUGGACCACUGCAGAGGACGCGAUUCUAAUUGAAUAUGUGACAAAGCACGGGGAAGGAAACUGGAAUGCAGUCCAAAAGCACUCUGGCCUGGUCAGAUGUGGGAAAAGCUGCCGUCUUAGGUGGGCGAAUCACUUGAGACCGGACCUAAAGAAAGGAGCUUUUACCCCUGAGGAGGAGCGCCAUAUAAUUGAGCUUCACGCCAAGAUGGGAAAUAAAUGGGCCCGAAUGGCAGCUGAGUUACCCGGGCGCACGGACAACGAGAUAAAGAACUUCUGGAACACCCGUAUGAAGCGGCGCCAACGUGCGGGCCUUCCCAUCUACCCUCCCGACAUCUCACUCCAAUCACUGCCGCCCAAUGAAAAACCGGACGACCCAAACUCCAUCUCACCCCCAGACGGACCCCACCAGCCCGCGGUCACUUCUUUCAUCAACAUCCCUUCCAUCGAGUUCAAAGGCCUGCAGCUCAACCAGCAGCAACAGUACCUUUACCCCCCUCAGCCUCUCCUCGACCAGUAUAAUAAUAAUAAUAGCAUUCACGCUAAGCCUUUCGCCACGUCAUUCCACCAGUCAAAGCGCCCUCGGGGGCCCGAACCCUUGUACCACCAGUCUUUUGUUUUUCCCCAGUACCAACACAUGAACUCGUACUCGGCUCUUCAUAAUGUCGAGCUCCCUUCACUCCAAAGCGACGACCCCCACAUGCCUUUUUUCGAGCGUGGGCCCGCGUGCAGCAGCGGAGGCCUCCUAGAGGAUGUUUUGUACGGGUCGUCAGAGGCUCCGAGGAGCACGGGCAAUGAUAAUAAUAAUGAUGCCUUCUUCAGUGAGACGUGUCACUGGGAAGGGUACGAAGACCAUCUUUCCCCGUCAUCUGUAUUCAGUGAGAGUCGACCCAUCACUCCCACUUCUCUGGAUUACACCCAUUUGUCGGAGAACGACUUGCCAGUUAAAAAGGCUGGAAGCAACUUGGACGCAAUCCCAUGCGAGGCCAAAACGGCAAGCCCAAUGAUCUUCUCGAGGCCCGAUUACUUACUCGCCUCAAGCUGUCUGGGCCCGAUGAAAUGUCCCACGACUAACGAGCAUUCCUUGCUGGAAAAUGCAAUGGGGAAACUUCUUGGCGACGAUUGAGUGAAGACUGCAAGUAAAUGGACUCAGGCCCGAGUUCGUCAGCCCAAGGGUGUGGGUGUAAUUCUUCCACGUGGAACCUAUGCCUACUGUAGUUGCUUUUUAUUGUCAGUCUUUGGAAGAAGAGGAAAAAGAAUGUUUGAAUGUUUGGUGGGCUUUCCUUUUCCUUUUUCUUCUUUGUUUUAUGUCUCUUUUAUGAUGUUACCUGUGGUGUGAAGUAAGCUUUGUAGGGUGGACGUAGUUGCAUUGCUCAGGAACAUCCCUGUGAUGUUUAGAGGCGUUUUACCUCCUUUUCCCCCCCUUUUGAUCUUUCUUUUUUUUUUUUUCAACAUUUUUCUGAAAGCCCGAUUUUUUAUUUUUUGUUUUUACAGAUUUCUGUGACUCUUCUUCUGAGAGUUGUAUGCGGAACAUUGUGCUCCUGCUCUUGAUGGGCAUUUGACUCUGAAUUUUAGUGUUGUGGGUGGUUGACAGAUAUGAUUAACUAAGAUUUGUGGGCUAAACCAUUAGGCAAUUCUGAUUUUUUUCGAUACGUGUGUAAUUUGAUGUUUAUUUCGAU